CCCAACCCCUUCCCGCGGCGCCAGCGCCAAAAUAAGCGAGUUGCCAACGUUCCUCCAUGCUUGGGCUUGGGCUUGUGCAUGGGACUCGGACUGUCGCGGACUGGACGGGACGCCAGGGCCUCGGAGUGCGGGCCGGGGGGAGAAUCCGGGCUCGAUCAAUGAGUGAUUUAGGGCUCGAGCCGGAAGCUCUGCCGCCAAAGGGCGAUCGAUGUCUCGAAUGCGGAAUCGAUUGAUUGAUUGAUCGGUCUCGCUCGCUCGCUUGGGCAGAAGCUUCUGUAAAGGGGGAUCGUCAUCAAGGGCCCUGGCGGUGGACCGGGUGACGAUGUCCUUGAUGGAGGAAUGUCCUACCGUGUUCUCCUGAACCACUCCACCUCUUUCUCACGACCGGCGUUCACCACCCUCUUCCGCGGCCACCAGCUUCCCACGAUUUCCAUCCAUUGUCAGUUCUGAUCUGUGACUGGGAGGGCCGAAUGUCGAACACUUGGGAGUUCAAUUUCGCUCAGGCUACGAAGGUGUCGGAUGAUUCCAUCUUUCGCAACGAUGGAUUCGAUUCGACUGUCUCAAAACGAAGGCCCCGCUCGCGUGCAUUAUUCUUUCCAUUCCUCGGGGAAAGUCUUCAUUUCUGUUGAUCAGGCGCGGAGAAUUGAAGAGUAGAAGUUCUCCACAUUCGGAAUCGUACGUAAGUUUCCAACUCGAUUUCCGCUAAUCCAGCAUGCUGUAAACAUUGCCGUUGGAAUGAAGCAUUGCAGAGUAGAGUAGAGUAGAGUAGAGAGUAGUUUUUUUUCUGCCCUUGUACGUGGGUACUCCAAACGAAGCUCCCACGCGAAAUGCGUGGGAGCUUGCUUGGGGUACUGCCUGCUUGCAUCGUUCAUGUUUUGUAUAUCGUGUCCUUCGUUACCAUAUGGCCAGCGUCUUCGGAGAUGGACGAAGAAAACAGUAGCUUUGAUCGACAUGUUGCUGCCCUGAUCCAGUCGCAGCAACUUGACUUUACUUUCAGAGUGUUCAUCCAGUUGUGUCAUGAAUCAUUGCGAUCUAUGAUUUUUUUACUUGAAGCAGCUGAAGUCUGCUGUUAGUGACGGCGGAUUGAAUUUGAGUACGUGGGCUGUCACAAUCAUUGCGCUGUCAGAUGAGUCAUGUUUCUGGCAAAGUGAUGUGUGAAGGAAUUCUCC